GCUUCCAAACAACCCGCCCGCCCCUCGGUCCGCGGCGGUUCAACCGCUCUCGGCGAUUCCGGGCUUAGCGAGCCUGCGCCCGGCCCCUCCCGCUCCUCGAGGCCGCCGACUCCCGCCCGCCGCCAUGGCAGAGUUGGGCCUAAAUGAGCACCAUCAAAAUGAAGUUAUUAACUAUAUGCGUUUUGCACGUUCAAAAAGAGGCUUGAGACUCAAAACUGUAGAUUCCUGCUUCCAAGACCUCAAGGAGAGCAGGCUGGUGGACGAGACUUUCACCAUAGACGAAGUCGCAGAGGUUCUGAGCGGGUUACAGACGGUGGUCCACAGCGAGGUGGAGUCCGAGCUCAUCAACACGGCUCACACCAACGUGCUGCUUCUGCGGCAGCUCUUCUCCCAGGCGGAGAAGUGGUACCUCAAGCUGCAGACAGAUAUCUCCGAACUCGAAAACAGAGAAUUAUUAGAACAAGUUGCAGAAUUUGAAAAAGCAGAAUUUACAUCUUCCACUAAAAAGCCCAUCAUAGACAUCAUAAAGCCAAAACUUGCUCCACUUAACGAAGGCGGAGCAGAACUCCUGAACAAGGAAAUUUUAAGACUUCAAGAGGAGAAUGAGAAAUUGAAGUCGAGGUUGAAGACCAUUGAAAUGCAGGCCACCAAUGCGCUGGAUGACAAGGCCAAGCUAGAAAGAGCACUGCGUGACCUACAGCUCGACCAAGGGGUUCAGAAGGAUUUUAUAAAGGCCCAAGACUUGAGUGACUUGGAAAACACAGUUGCUGCUUUAAAGAGUGAGUUUCAGAAGACACUUAAUGACAAGACAGAAAACCAGAAGUCCCUGGAGGAGAGUCUAGCGACAGCCAAGCACGACCUACUCAGGGUUCAGGAGCAGCUGAGCAUGGCUGAAAAGGAGUUAGAGAAGAAAUUCCAGCAGACAGCAGCCUAUCGAAACAUGAAAGAGAUUUUAACCAAGAAGAAUGACCAAAUCAAAGACCUAAGGAAGAGACUAGCAAAAUAUGAACCCGAAGAUUAAAAACCGAAGAUUCCACCCAGAAGCUGCCAGAACAUGAACGUACAAGCUAUUCUCACCUCAGGCAUGUAUUUGGAAGCAGUUUGUUAUAUUCCCUCUAUUUCUCCAGUAUGUGACUUUGCUUCUACUGUGUAAAACCAGGGUUGCUGUUUCAGUUGUCUGAUUGAGAAGAGAGAACACCUACUGGUUCUGGUCAUUUGUCCCAAACUCUCUGCCGAGUGGUCCAGCGUCUUAGUUCAGAUGCAUUGGGAAUUCUUCACAGUGAAGAAGAGAUCUUUAGAGGGGGAAGAAGAGUCUUACCCUUUUGCAUUAGUGUGAAGAGUCUACCUUUUUAAUAAAUGUUAAAGCUAGCAAUAUCUAUACUUGUGCGUUCCAGGGUAAUGUAAGUAGAGAGUUAUCGGAGAGAGUUACUACAA